AUGCAAGGACUCCAUUCCCCAAUUUGGGUUUGUUUGCCGCAAUUACAGUUGAUCUAUUGGGAUGUUAACAACAUCACACGCAUUGCUAAUGGGAUUGGGGAGCCUCUUUGGAUGGAUUCUCAUACGAGCACAUGGGGUAAAUCAUCGUUUGCAUGCAUUUGUGUAAGGAUUGAUCUUUCCCAAAAACUGCUCCCAGGAGUUUGGAUUAAUGGUAUUGAUGGGCGAUUCUUCCAAAGAAUUGAAUACGAAGGGCUUACCAACUUUUGCUUUGGCUGUGGGUAUAUCGGUCAUGCCAACGGGAAGUGCUCGUCGAAGAAUAAUGGUGGGGGUAUGACCCCCACUAGUGCUCGGGUUCAACAUCCCAACAGAGCCCAACCUAGGGACCUACCUGUGAGCGGCCACCCCCCUGGAGCGGAACAACUUGUUAGGGACGGUCCCCUUGACCGUGAGAAGCAAGAGGACUCCUUUGGAGAGUGGAAUCUCGUCACCCGUAAGAAGAGAGGCAAGCAGAAGGGCUCUUCUGUUCUCCCAUCUACUGGGCAGAGCAAAGACACCGAUCAUGGCUCUCUCUCCUGUGCGACCAAGGAAAUCCAACAGCAAAUGGAGGAGAUCUCCAACAAAAUUGUUAACCCGAGUAAUUCCCCAUCGAAGAAUCAAAGGGUAACUUUUAAUGCUUCUAAACUGGAUCAGGAUGCCUCCCCCUCGACUAUCAAUCUCUCAAAGAGACAACAGAAGACUUCCAAGACAUUCAUGGAGAAGCAACUGCUCCAGCUUGGGCCGAUUACCACCCUACCCACGAAAAGGAGGAAGAACUUGCAAGAUGACUCUGGCGGGGAGUUUAUCCCCUUUGAGGAACAAUGA